AAAUUAUUUUGAUGAUAAGUCCUACUUUCUAGCCAUAUUGUCCUAAUCUGCAGUUUAGGAUAAAUAAUUUGAUUAAGUCAACUUGUUUUCAUCCUCCAACUAGAUUCUUUUUUUCUUUUUCUUUUUUAAUUUUUGAUCCAGAUGUCUCAUCUGAUACCUAUUAAAUCACUUAGCCCAACCACUACUUGACCAUUAAUUAAUGCCAUGCAACAUUAAUUCCAAACAAAACCUUUGUUCAAUCUCUGUAAUCUAAGGUUAUGUCAAUAUCAUUUUUGUUGCUUUACAAAUUUUUUGAGCUCUGGGAAGUCUAAUUCAAUCACCUAAAUAUUCCCAAGUAUCAUUUUCAGAAUAUGUGUAUGUGUAUAUAUACACCUAUAUUGAAAUCGGUUUCGCUUAAAACCUAAGGAGAAUGAGUUCUCUGUAGUGAAAAUUCACAUUUCACCAACCAACUUGAAAAACAAAACCUUUAUAAAUUUCAAACCAACUUCACAUCUACUCAAUUGAGGCAAAGGAGAGGACUUUAUUUUCUUUUCCUUCUCAAGAAUGUCGAAAGAAAAUGUAAGAAGACAUGUUCUUGAGAAGAACAGAAGUCCUAGAGAAAAAGAGAAGACAAACAAUGGAUUCUUGUCCAAACACCUAAAGAAAGUUUACCCGAUUAGCCUCCACAAGAGCAUUUCGACUCUAUCCCUUUCUUCGCUAUCUUUAUCUUUGUCACAAAACUCAAAUGAUUCUUCUCUCACAGAUUCUACUAUUUCACUGGAUCAGAAAAUUUCGUUGGCACUGCGGUUGAUUGCACCUCCGGAGAGAAGAGAUGUCCCGGUAUUGGCUAAAAAUGUUCAACAACAUAGUCCAAGCCCCACCGGUGAAGGCAUGAAGAGGUGCAACUGGAUCACAAAGAAUAGUGAUAAAACUUAUGUACAAUUUCAUGAUGAUUGCUGGGGAGUUCCGGUUUACGAUGACAACGAAUUGUUUGAGCUGCUUGCAAUGUCUAGUAUGUUGAUGGAUUACAAUUGGACAGAGAUUCUCAAAAGAAAGGAAUUGUUCAGAGAAACGUUUGCUGGAUUUGAUCCCAACACUGUUGCAAAAAUGGGGGAGAAAGAGAUCAUGGAAAUAGCAUCCAACAAAGCAAUAAUGCUAACAGAGUGCAGAGUGAGGUGCAUUGUAGACAAUGCCAAAUGCAUAGUGCAGAUUGUGAGGGAAUUUGGAUCUUUCAGUAGCUAUAUGUGGGCUUAUGUAGAUUACAAACCAGCGAUCAACAGAUACAGAUACCCAAGAAAUGUUCCUUUGAGAUCUCCAAAAGCAGAGGCCAUUAGCAGGGACUUAUUGAAGCGCGGUUUCCGGUUCGUGGGACCGGUGAUUGUGUACUCAUUCAUGCAAGCUGCAGGAAUGACAAUUGAUCAUCUUGUUGAUUGUUUUAGGUUUAGUGAGUGUGUGAGCAUUGCAGAAAGACCAUGGAGGCAUGUCUGACAUGAAAUCUACAAAAUUUUCUUGAAAUAGAAGUAAUGGCUUUUUAUUUGCACAGUUAUUUGUUUGUAAGUUAUUAUGCUAUUGUACUCUCUUCUUUUUUUUUAAUAUAUUUUUGAAUUUGUGCUAUUGUA